AUGCAGACAAAUGGCACAACGCUGGAACGUUACCUUGAGUCGAAAACCCACCUUUUCAUAACAAAGUUCAAGGUGGUAUGCGCUCAAUGUGUUUUUGUCAACGAUAUAAAUACUGGCUAUUUUGAAACACUGACCAGCUCAGUUGAGUUCCGCUCUAAAUUCCCCAUUGGAAGAACAAUGCUUGUCGUCAUCUUGUCUCUUCUACUAGUUUUGCCACUCGCUAUUAUGAUUACAACUACCGAAACGGAGUAUACCCAAUUCAAUCUGUGCGACUUCUACUGCAAGAAGAAGGCUGGUAUCGACUACCCGACGUUGCGUGCAAACGAGAUUACAGAGGAGGAGAGAAGAAAACUCGCUGCGUACUUUACAUUUUUCAACGAAUGCAUACUUGCUGAUGUUUCCACACUUCACAACAACAUUCCUUCUCCUGAUGUGUAA